CUCGAAGACGGAAACUAUAACGCAUCUUGCAUUCAAGACUCUGAAGGGCAUAAACUCUCAGCCGUUUGGAAAGACACCUGUCAUCGUAAAUGAGCAUACAAAAGUGUCUUGCUUGAAGGCGGCAAAAUCACCGGUUUUCAUGGUAGUUCAAGCGACGUUCUUCAUUCUAUCGGAGCUUAUAUAUCAGCUCUUCCUCGGUCGAUGUUGCGUGGCAAGUGGAUCCAGGUGGAGCAAAAAGGCAAGACUCCUGGACCAAGAUGUUCUCACGACAUAGCAAUGGUUGGAAACAAAAUGUACGCUUUCGGAGGAGAGUUAAAGCCAAAUUUUCACAUCGAUCAACACCUCUACUUUUUCGAUUUCAAGACUCACAGAUGGUCGAUCGCUGAUCCAAACGGUGACGUCCCCGAGCUCCCAUGCUUAGGCGUUAGAAUGGUAGCCAUCGGCACUACCCUCUACGUCUUUGGUGGCCGCGACGGCUUCCGUAAUUACAACGGCUUCCACUCUUACGACACGGUUAAGAGGAGCUGGAAACUCAUAACUCACGUCAAGAAAGGACCUGCACCGCGUAGCUUCCACUCGAUGGCUGCUGAUGAUAAAAACGUUUAUGUCUUCGGUGGAGUCAGUACUAAGGAACGUGUCAACACACUUCAUGCUUACAACAUCAUUGAUCAGAAGUGGAUUGAGUUUCCGAAUCCAGGAGAGUCUUGCAAAGCUAGAGGUGGAGCGGGACUGGCCGUUGUGAAAGGGAAGAUUUGGGUUGUGUAUGGGUUUAUUGGGGAAGAAGUGGAAGAUGUUCAUUGCUUUGAUCCAGUUGAAAGUAAGUGGACUAAAGUGGAAACAAGGGGUGAAAAGCCGUGGGCGAGAAGCGUGUUUGCGCUAGCAGUUGUUGGGAAAUAUAUAAUAAUAUCUGGAGGUGAGAUUGAGAUGGACGUACAGGCUCAUUUAGGUCCUGGGUCAUUGACUGGUGGAACUUUCGUGUUGGACACUGAAAGUUUGUUGUGGGAGAAACUUGAGGAAGGCCAUAGCCCUCGUGGAUGGAUCGCAUCCACAACUGCGUCCAUUGAUGGGAAAAAAGGCUUGUUGAUGCAUGGAGGGAAGGCUCCUACCAACCGUCGUUAUGAGGACAUCUUUUUCUAUGGCGUAGACUCUGCUUAAGACCGCUCGGUGUUGGUGGGUUUGUGAAAGUUGCAAAAGUUGCAUCUUGGGAGGGAUCUCGUUUGUUGUUUUAAUAAUGUCACUUUCUGUGUGUUUGGUUUUUACGAAUAAGGGCAUCAAAUAAUGUGUGUAAAUAAAUAAAUAAAAUGUUA